AUGAGAGCCGGCUCUAGUUAGGUUGCCGUCCUGUGUUUUUUGGGUGGGGAGAGUAGAGGAGACCUCAGCUCGGUUUCCCAUGUCACCAGUUGGGGACGUUAGGGUGCGGACUGGCAAAGAACUGGAAUGGGAACGCCCUGACCGCGAAAUGAGCAAGUUUUGUUUGCUGUGGCUGUCGGCAGACGGGUGUGAAACGGACGAUCCCAGUCAUUUCGGCAGGAGAUAGCAGGAACUGUAUUUGAGCGGUUCUGUAUUCCGUUUCAUCGACUAAUGAGGGAGUUCAGAAAACUUAUACGAUGUUCAAAGCCGUACUGAAGAAAAGUCGUGAAGGUGGAAGAGGGAGCAAGAAAGAGAUCGAUGUGUACAAAAUGGAGCAACAGAAAGUGAAACCACACCCCUCAGUUGAUUGUGUACGACAAUGGCAGACGAAAGCAGGAAAUGUUUGCACUGAUCAUUCUGGGCAAGUUGGAAUGUCAGAUGAUGCUUCUGGCCAGUUCUCCAUUCAAGAGGAUAUCUGUAAAAUGAGCAUGUCUAAAGGAGUGUCCAUGUCACUUCCAUCCUCACCACUUUUGCCACGCCAGUCACUUCCUAAUCAUACACGGGCAGGCAAAAGAUCCCCAGCCCCAAUCAGGAAGCUGAAGUAUGUGGAAAGCCCUAAAGUUCCAGGAGAUGAUGUAAUUACCUCGGCUUUGGCCAAGUUGGCACAAAAAACAGAUGCUUCCCAGUUAGCACAAAAUGAGCCACAGAAGAGUACUGAACGAAGCUCCUCCCCUGCUGCUCAGGAACUGAUGACUAGAUUGGGAUUUCUGUUAGGAGAAGGGAUUCCAAGCUCUACUCAUCUGGCUAUGGAUGAGAAGAAUGAAAAAAUGGGAGUCAGUCCAUGUUCAACACUGACAAGCAGUACUGCAUCUCCAGGGACUGACAGCCCAUGCUCAACCCUGAAUAGCUGCAUCAACAAGCCACCACAAAAGAAACCUAGUCCCUGUGGAACUAUUACCAGCUUAAGUUCCACACUGGAAAGCAAAGACAGUGGCAUUAUAGCUACAGCUUCAUCUGAAAAUGAAGAUAAAAGUGGUUCAAGUCUCGAGUGGAGCAAAGAUGGUGGUGUGCGGGACUCUGUGUCACGUGGUAUCAUGAAGCAUUUAAGGCGAGAGAGUUGUUUGCCUGUGGCAGAGGAAGAACCACAUGGUUCUGACACCAGUGUUUCAAAAUCUGAAACUGCUUCUGAUGGUCCUACUGCUUAUGUGCACCAGUCUGUGUCGUCAUUCCUGAUGCCACGACCUAAUUCAGUUGCAGCCACAAGUUCAACAAAGCUGGAAGAUUUGAGUUACCUGGAUGAAAGGAAUGCACCGUUACGUACCUCUUUUAGGAUGCCUUGGCAUAACACAGCUGGAGGAAGAGUACAACAAAAUGUGAAAGUGCGAUUUUCUCCAUACAAGCCUGUUGAUAUUGUCUUAAAGCCAUUAUUGUUUGAGGUACCAAGCAUUACUACAGAUUCAAUAUUUAUUGGUCGGGAUUGGCUGUUCCAGAAGAUAGAUGAGAACUUGCACAAUGGAGAGAUUUCAGAGAACAAAGGAGCAGUAAUUAUUGGAAAUGUUGGUUUUGGGAAAACAGCCAUAAUUUCCAGGCUAGUGGCACUGAGCUGUCAUGGAGGUCGGAUGAGACAAAUUGCAUCAAAUUGCUCCAGUGUUUUCUCAAAAAGUACAGACCUACACCAGGAACUUCCACUAAGCCAACUGUCCCAGACGUCUACAUCCUUUCACAAUAGCAGUGCAUUGAGCACUGAGUGUGUUCCUGGAAUGCCUGAGCUACAAAGACAAAGGGAAGAAUCUUUGAAGAGACUUGCAGCACAGGUUGUUGCCUAUCACUACUGCCAGGCUGAUAACACUUACACUUGCCUUGUGCCAGAAUUUGUCCACAGUAUAGCAGCUUUGCUUUGUCGUGCACCUAGACUAGCUGCAUUCAGGGAUUUGCUGCUGAAGGAAUCACACAUACAGAGUGUCCUCAGUUUACGAUCUUGUGUCCAGGAUCCGAUGGCAGCAUUUAAAAGAGGUAUUUUGGAUCCUCUUGCAAAUCUGAUAAAAGGAAAGAGGAUCCCUGCAGAUGAUUAUAUUAUUUUAGUAGAUGGUUUAAAUGAGGCUGAAUUCCAUAAACCUGAUUACGGUGAUACAAUUGCAUCCUUUAUCGCUAAAAUAAUUUCCAUGUUUCCAUCUUGGCUAAAGUUGGUUGUUACUGUUCGAACCAAUCUACAGGAGAUCACGAGUCUACUUCCGUUCCUCAAAAUUUCUCUGGAUGGUUUUCCAGACAGUGAAGAUAUUAACUGGGAUCUGAAUUCAUACAUCCAUCACAGAAUUAACAGGAGUCAUGGAAUACUGAGUAAUAUCUCUUUGAGUGGAAAAACUGACACUGUCACAGUGAGCAGAGUCAGCAAUCAUCUUGUCAUGCGUAGCCAAGGAUCUUACCUGUAUUUGAAGUUGACCCUGGAUUUGUUUGAAAAGGGUCAUUUGGUUAUUAAGAGUGCAAGUUACAAGGUAGUUCCAGUGUCCCUUUCUGAAUUGUAUCUGCUGCAAUGUAACAUGAAGUUUCGAACACAUACUUCAUUUGCAAAAGCUCUUCCUGUGUUGAAUGUGGCCUUGGCAUCCCUUCAUCCACUGACAGAUGAGCAGAUUUUCCAAGCAAUAAAUGCUGGCUUUGUGAAGGGUGACUUGGCGUGGGAGGACUUCCAGCAGAUAAUGGAGAGCCUUUCAUGUUUCUUGAUCAGACGAAGGGAUAAGACUCGAAUGUUUUGCCAUCCAUCCUUCAGGGAGUGGCUUGUUUGGAGAGCUGAUGGUGAAAGUCUGGACUUUCUUUGUGACCCAAGAAGUGGACAUGCUCUUAUGGCAUUCAUGUUCUCUCGCCAAGAAGGGAAGCUAAACAGACAGCAAACAGUAGAAUUUGGCCAUCACAUUUUGAAAGCACAUAUUUUCAAGGGGCUAAGCAAAAAGACAGGAAUAUCCUCUAGUAUGCUUCAAGCGCUGUGGAUAAGCUAUAGCAGUGAUGGAUUGUCUGCUGCCCUCACAUCCUUGCGAAAUCUUUACACUCCCAAUGUGAAGGUGAGUCGAUUGUUGAUUUUGGGAGGAGCGAUUGUGAACUACCGAACUGAAGUCCUGAACAAUGCACCCAUCCUAUGUGUUCAAUCACACCUCGGUCAUCAGGAAAUGGUAAAUCUACUCCUUGAAUUUGGAGCUACAGUUGACCAUGUUUCUGAAAGUGGGAUUACUCCCUUUUGCCAUGCUGCAGCUGCAGGACACUUGAAUAUUGUGAAUCUUCUAUGCAAGAAGGGAGCAAAGGUUGAUUAUACAGAUAAGAAUGGUCAAUGUGCGUUGGUUCAUGCUGCAUUACGAGGUCAUCGUGACGUUAUUGGAUAUUUACUCCAAGCAGAUUGGAUGUUAACCACUCAGCCACAACAUUCUUUCAGGAAAUGUCAGGCUCUUCAGCAAGCUCUGGUUGCAGCAGCAAGCAUGGGACAUGCUGAUAUUGUGAAGGAUCUGCACGAUUUUGAUGGUGAACAUAGAAUAGAGAUCAAUAGUUGUGACACACUUUGGGGUGAAACAGCUCUCACAGCAGCAGCAGGCAGAGGUAAACUGGAAGUAUGUGCACUGCUUUUGCAACAAGGAGCUGUGGUGUCCCGUCCCAAUCGAAGGGGAAUUUCUCCAGUAUUUUGUGCAUCAAGACAAGGUCAUUGGCAGAUUGCUGACCUAUUGAUUCAGCAUGGUGCUGAUGUGAAUGCAACGGAUAAGCAGGGCCGUACACCACUUAUGGUGGCUUCUUGUGAAGGGCAUGUGAACACUGUUGAGUUUCUACUUUCAAAAGGUGCUUCCAUAUCUUCAGUAGAUAAGGAAGGAUUAACUUCCUUGAGCUGGUCCUGCUUGAAGGGUCGAAAACUUGUGGUCCAGACUUUGGUAGAGAAGGGUGCAGCAAUUGAUCACACAGAUAAGAAUGGUCGCACACCCCUAGAUCUGGCAGCUUUUUAUGGAGAUUCUGACAUUGUUCAGUAUCUGGUGGAAAGAGGUGCAAUGAUUGAACAUGUUGACCACAGUGGAAUGCGUCCAUUAGACAGAGCAAUUGGAUGUUGCAACACUUCAGUGGUGGUAAUGCUUCUUAAGAAAGGUGCAAAACUAGGUAAUGCAGCUUGGGCAAUGGCCACAUCCAAACCAGACAUCUUGAUCACUUUACUCCAGAAACUAAUGGAAGAAGGAAAUCUACUAUAUAAGAAAGGAAAGAUGAAGGAGGCAGCCCAGAGAUAUCAGUAUGCCUUAAGAAAAUUUCCACGUGAUGGCUUUGGGGAUGAAAUUCUAUCUUUCAGAGAUCUGAGGGUUUCUCUCUACUUAAACCUAUCCCGAUGUCGGAGGAAAACUAAUGACUUCGGAAUGGCAGAGGAAUUUGCUUCUAAGGCAUUGGAAUUAAAGCCUAAAUCAUAUGAAGCUUACUAUGCCAGAGGAAGGGCUAAAAGGAACAGCAGGCAAUUUUCUGCAGCCCUGUCAGAUCUACAAGAGGCCGCUAAGCUUUGUCCUAACAACCGAGAAAUAAAGCGGCUCCUGGCUCGAAUAGAAGAGGAAUGUAAACAACUACAUCGCGCACAACAGAAACAGCAGUGUCCACAACCACAGCAAAACAAUGAAUCUGAUAAUGAAGAGGAAUUACUACACCAACACAUUGAUAGCUCAUUGUUUGGCAUUGAAGGAGUUGAUGAGGCUAGUGUUGGACUACCUAGUGAAAUUCAACCUGCAUCAUCAAAGCUUCAGCAUUAUCCAAGCUCAGUUGUAUUUAAGAAAGGACUUCAAGAUGAUGCAAGUUCUGAACAGAACCCAAGGGCUACCUCUCCACAGAAUAAAUCUAAACACAAAUUACUUCGGGAACCACUUACACAAGGUCAAGUUACUCAGCCUCCCAGACAAGCUCAGAUUGUGAAAACAAACCAGCAUAUGUCUUUUUUACAAACUGGAGGAAGAAAUACAAGUUCUCACCAUGAUCAAAGAAAUGUUCAACAAACAGAGCAUGCAGUCAAUACCCGAACGUUUUCUGGGACUUCUGGAGAAAGGGUGGCUUCAGCUUGGUCUGUGCAGCUGCAGCACAAUGAACAUACUACAACUGAGAAUGUUAUAAAUGUGCUGCCAGCAGAAAUUCCACUUGUACAGCCCCUCCUGACUAUGGAUUUCUCAGAAAAUGUAGAUCAAGGAGUACAUGUGAAGUCUUCAGCUAUUUCUGGUUCUACAAGCAGUCUAGCCUCCAAAAGCACCGUCUCUGACAACAGGCAAACUUCAAAUGCUCACCUCAAAAACAGCUUGGAAUGUAAUAUGGAGAAGUCCAACCAAAACUUGAGUGGAGCUGAAUGCAGACCAAGAACUACACCAUUUAUGGGAAUAAUUGAUAAAACAGUAAGAUCCCAGCAACAUCAGUCCAACAAUCAACAGAUUCGAUUGUGGCAUGAUCAGUCGAUAGAUGGAGUAGUUACAAAUGCUUCAAUUCCUACUGGCCAAAAUAUUCAUUGUGAGCCACAGUUUACCAAACCUGUUGGUGCUUAUCAUGAUCAUAAAAAACUUCCAACUCUAGGUUCUGCUGGAAAUCUUCAAAAUGGAAUGCAUUCCAAGACUUGUCCGACCACCACAAACUUGCAAGAAUCUAAUCCAUCCUUGACGGUUCCACACAGUUCUAAGUCACAAUCUCUCAUAGCUAGAGAUACACAUCCAAGUAAUAAUACUCCAUUAAAACCAAAGCGAUCUUUUAUAGAAUCUAAUGUGUAAACUAGACUGAUGAACUCUAUUGCUUACCAGUGGUCAUUACCUUUUUGUCUAAGUUGUAAUCUAGUAGUAGAAUUUGUAGCUACUGCUAUAUAGGAGCAGGAAUAGGUCAUUCAACAUGAUCACCCAUUUCAGCACUCUGUUCUCACUUUUUCCAUAACCUUUAACCCUAAGAACAAUACCUGAAUGUUUUGGCCUCAACCACUUUCUGUGCUGGCGAAUUACAUGCUGUUAUAAAAAGGUAAGCUUUAACCUAGCUGGCUCUUGCACUGAUUCUUGUAAUAUUGCAUUUAACACAAAAAUGAAUAACUGCACUUUAUAAAACUGCUGUAGAGUGCUUUUGCUGUAAUUUUAAAAACAAAAUCUUGUAUACAGAACAUGCAUUUUUAACAUUUCAGUGAAAAGGAAGAUAUAGAUUCAGUUAAGAUACACACCAGUUAUUUUUGCAAAUCAGCCAGCUCUUGGGCAAACCUCUUGUAGAAUGAUUUAUGUAGUCAUGAAAAACUUAGCUAAAUCAACAAUUUGUUGCACUAAUUAAAUUGUGUAAAAUAGUGGUUAUAUUACAAGUUUCCCAAUACUAACUAUUUAUUUCCUUUAUGUUUGCUAUUUUUCCCACCCACAGAUCAUGUAAUUAAUUAAACUGCUAAUAAUUUAUUCCUUACAGCAUAUUGUAUUGCCAAGCAGAGGGGAAAAAAAAACUGAUAAAGUAUUGUACAAUUUCUAAUGUUUGAUUUAAUUCUCUUUUCUAGAACAUACUCCAAAAAAAAUAAAA